AUGAAGUUUUUAUCAUUCAUUAAAAAUGGCUCCAAAAAAAGAUCCGCUGAAGAAUCAACAUUAGAUAUCUCAGAUGAACGACCUUUAAAACGACUAUCUCAAGGUUCAGAGGAGUUAAAACCAAAAGACACCUCUUUCCAAUAUGGAAACAAGAAAAGCACUACCAAAUGUAAUAAGCCACAGCUGAAUCUUCUCUUAAAAACGGAUGAUGAGACCUUACAAGAUAAAAAUAAUAGUAGCAGUAGGAUAUCAAGUUGGGGGAGUACUCAACUUCCAACUCCUAUCUCCACUCCUUUGAAACCAGGAAAUUUCCAAGUCGCUGAUUAUCAUCAUUAUGACCAAAAAUAUCCAACCAUCCCUUCUUCCCCAUCUUCGGAAAAUGAUCAAACCAUAAUUGAAGAAUUUGCCGAUUUGAACUUACUCCAUUCUUCCCAAAAGCCACAUCCAAUAUUUCAAAUACCUGAAAUUGUCAAUACUAUAUUACAAUUCAUAGUAGCAUCAGAACCGACAACUACUGUUUCAGAAUAUGAAAGGCGAGAUGUUUUAUAUCAAUGCUUACAAGUAAAUAAGUUAUGGUGCUUUCUUUGCUUAAAAUAUAUUAAAGAUGACAUAAAGUUUAGAAAAUUUGAGAACGUAAGGAAAUUUAUUCCAUACUCCAAAAAUAAUGAGGGCACCAUUUCUCCUAAGACAUUGUCUUUUUACAGAUUAAACGAAUUAAGACAACAUCACAUAAAUGAAAUAUCAUCCAAGAUAAUUACUUCAAAUCUAAUAAAACUUCAAUUUUACAUUUGUCCCAAUGUGGCACCACCAAUGCAUUGGUUCCCACAUUUUACCAAUCUUCAAAAAUUAAUAAUCACGGGGAACAAAAAAUUAGAUGACACUACCUUAAUAAGAUUGGCAUCACACAUACCGAACCUAAUAACAUUAGAUUUGAGAGCCUGUGUAAAUGUUUCUGAUUUGGGGAUAAUAUCCAUUGCCAUGCAUUGUCCUCAUUUAAAGUUAUGUAAUUUAGGAAGACAUAAGAAUAAAAGUGGUAUUACAAAUUUAUCUUUAGUAGCGUUGGGAAAAUACACUGAAGUAGAAACGAUUGGGUUGGCCGGAUGUGACAUUAGCGAUGCAGGUAUUUGGGAAUUUGCUAAAUUAAAUGGUAAUAAUUUGAAAAGAUUAUCAAUAAACAACUGCAAUAAGUUGACAGAUUAUUCCAUUCCCAUAUUAAUAGGGUUCAAUUAUUUCCCAAAUUUAGCAGUCUUGGAAAUUAAGAAUUUAGAUUUAUUAACAGAUGUUAAAUGGCUGGUAAGAUUUAAAUUGUGGAAAAAAUCCAAAAAUGUUCCUGUGCUAAUAGAUGGUGGCGAACGUAUUAAUAAAUUAAUGGUUGGAGAAGAAAAAAGAAUAAGAAGAAACAAUUCCUUGUUGGCUCUCAAUGAUAUGACACAAUGGGUUAACGAGAUUGAUAAUGAAAAAUAA